AUGGAUUUAAACUCCCCGGCAUUUUUUCGAUUUUCUGACUUAUUGCGAAAAUCACAUUCUCAAAGCAAGUCUUCUGGGGCUAAAGGGAAAGGAAAGGUUAUAGCGGUUGACUUUGCAACUAAUUUGUUGGAAAAUAUUCACCAGGCGCAGGAAGAAUUGAAACACAAUUUAAAUCAAUUUAAGCAAAUUCUUCAGCAAAAUCAAAAUAUUCAAUGGCAACAAACUUCUAAUGAUAAUCUCGAAGAGAACGAAUACGGAUCUGAUCUUCUCUUCAAUGACCUUCCAACAUCAUAUUUUUACGAUGAUUUUUUUGAUAAUGAUCUUGACGAUGAAAUUCAAAAUAUUGGUUUAGAUAAUAUUCAUGAUCAACAUGAGGAUGAAAACGUGUCAUUCAACAAGGAAUGGUUAUUAAAGCAAUGUGAAUCACAUAUAUCAACAUUUGGAGAUGCAGGUGGUGCUAUAACACCGAUAAAAUUAUGUACAAAUAUAUUCACAGUACUGAGGUCCAAUAAGAAAGAUGACAUUGAAACGGAACUUGUUGAUCUCCUCGGAUAUGAGAACCUUAAUUUCGUUACAGCACUUGUAACAAAUCGAAAUAAGAUUGUUGAAAAUAUACGCAUGAAUUCUGAUUUUCACGAGAAUCAAAUGGAUUUUAUUGAGAAAUCGGACAUUCAGUUAGAUUCAACACCAUUUGAGCCGAAGCGCCCUCAGUUUGGUUCUCAAGUUACCGUUCAGUUUGAAAAUGAUGUAAAAAAAUUGAAACGAAUGAAAAAAGAGCAUAAAAAGGCGAUGAAGCAUCGGAGUGCUGAGGAUGAGGAAUCUCUAUCUGCUAAAAUAUUAGGCUUUGAUGUUGAUAAGUUACGUGCAAUUAGAGAACAGGAAUUACGUGUUGCAAAUGAUUUACCUUUACUUCCUCAGCGCACAACUAUUUCUGAUGGUUUCAAGCAUGUUUUUGGAAAAACUCAACCCGGCAGUGUUUUAUCUGUCUAUGGGACCAAAUAUUCCCUACCCUCUGGCACCAAACAAUAUAGUCAUACCGAUAAUGAAGAAAUAAUAAUACCUAUCACGGAACAAGCACCACAGCUAAAAGAACAAAAAUUAGUUACCAUAGGAGAAAUGGAUUAUCUUUGUAGAGGGUCAUUUGAAAAAUAUAAAUCUCUUAAUUGUGUACAAUCAAUUGUUUACCCCGUCGCCUAUAAGAAAAACGAUAAUAUGCUAAUUUGCGCUCCCACUGGAGCAGGCAAGACAGACAUAGCUAUGCUUGCAAUUCUCCGUAUCUUAUAUCAAUAUUGUGAUCCUAAACCUUCAAUAGCUUCAGAAAAACAAAAACUCACGAUUAGAAAAAAUGAGUUCAAAGUUGUAUAUGUUGCACCCAUGAAAGCUUUAGUAGCUGAAAUUGUGAAAAAACUUGGUAAAAGAUUAGAAUGGUUGGACAUUCAAGUGAGAGAAUUAACGGGUGAUAUGCAAUUAACGAAGACAGAAAUUUCUAAUACGCAAAUCAUUGUAACUACCCCUGAAAAAUGGGAUGUAGUGACAAGAAAGAGUACUGGAGAUACUGAGCUAUCAAAAAAAGUUAAGCUGCUUAUCAUUGACGAAGUACAUUUAUUACAUGACGAUCGAGGUGCAGUUCUUGAAAGUCUUGUAGCUAGAACACGUCGUCAGGUUGAAUCUAGUCAAUCAAUGAUUCGUAUUGUCGGUCUUUCAGCGACUUUGCAUAAUUAUAUUGAUGUGGCUCGAUUUUUGGGUGUGAACCUUAAUAAUGGUGCUGAGGGCUUAUUUUAUUUUGACGGAGGAUUUAGACCUGUACCACUUGAGCAACAUUUUAUUGGUAUAAAAGGAAAACCUGGGUCGGCAAUUUCUAAUAACAACCUUAAUACUGUAUUGGACCUUGUCAAGAAAGGACAUCAAGUGAUGGUUUUUGUUCACGCGCGAAAAGAAACCGUAAAAACGGCACAAUUAUUACGUGAAUAUGCCAUUAAGGAUGGACAUGAAGAAUUAUUUAGUAAUUCUACACAUCCACGCAUCGAAUUGGUAAAACGAGAUAUCGCAAAAUCUAAAAAUAAAGAAUUGGUUGAGUUGUUUUCUCAUUCAUUUGGUAUUCAUCACGCUGGUAUGCAAAGAUCAGACCGACUGAUGACCGAGCGUUUAUUUGAAGAAGGACUUUUAAAAGUUUUAUGCUGCACGGCCACAUUGGCUUGGGGUGUCAAUUUACCGGCCUACGCAGUUAUUAUUAAGGGUACUAAUGUGUAUGAUGCACAAAAGAGCUGUUUCGUUGAUUUGUCUAUUUUAGAUGUGAUGCAAAUUUUUGGCAGAGCAGGUCGUCCACAGUAUGAAAGCUACGGCAUUGGAUAUAUCUUGACGACCAAUGAUAAACUGCCCAACUAUAUAUCAGCAAUGACACAACAGCAUCCUAUCGAAUCUAGGUUUAUCAGUAGCCUAAUUGACAAUUUAAAUGCAGAAAUAUCGCUUGGUACAGUAUCAACAAUUGAUGAAGGUGUUAGAUGGCUUGGCUACACAUAUUUAUUUGUUCGUAUGAAACAAAAUCCUCUUGUUUACGGGAUGGAUCACACGGAGCCCUAUGAGGAUCCUGAACUUGGUAAAAAACGUCGUAUGCUUAUCGAAUCUGCUGCAAAAGAGCUUCAUAAAAAUGAGAUGAUUACAUUUAAUACUGAAAGUGAAUAUUUAAGUUCCAGAGACAUUGGGCGUAUUGCAUCAAAUUAUUAUAUAAGUUAUAAGAAUAUUGAAAUAUUUAAUAGGCUCUUAAAAGAGCACAUGCUAGAAGCAGAUAUUUUAUCAAUGAUAAGCAAAAGUAGUGAAUUUGAGGAUCUCAAGGCAAGAGAGGAAGAGAGCAAAGAAUUAUUAAAACUUAAAGAGGAUGUAUGUCAUUGUCAAAUAAAGGAUGGCGUUGAUUCUACAGAAGGGAAAGUCAAUAUUUUAUUACAAUCACACAUGACUGGUGCUAAACUUGAAGAUUUUGCUUUGGUCUCGGACUCAGCUUAUGUAGUUCAGAUUGCCAGCAGAAUAAUUCGAGCCUUAUUUGAAAUUGCACUUUAUCGUAACAUGAGCCAAGUGACGUCACAAUUGUUGACAUUUAGUAAAUGUAUUGACAAGCAAAUGUGGAUGUUUGAGACUCCCUUGUAUCAAUUUGGCUUGCCACGAGAAAUUUGUCUCAAACUUGAAUCUCUUCCGCAACAACCGAGCAUUGAAAGAAUGCGAGAUAUGAGCCCAGCUGAACUUGGACAACUUGUACGCAACACGCGUAUGGGUUCAACACUCUCUAAAUGUGUAGACCAAUUUCCUCUACUCAAUCUUGAUACUCAGGUCGCUCCAAUUACACGUAAUGUUUUACGUGUAACUCUCAGUAUUACACCUGACUUUGUUUGGAAUGAGCGAGUUCAUGGUACAGUAGAACCUUGGUGGAUAUUUGUUGAAGAUGCUGAGAAGGCAGAUCUUUAUCACUCAGAGUAUUUCAUACUAAAUAAAAAACAACUUGGCGAAACACAGAAAGUUUGUUUUGCCAUUCCAAUUCAAGAACCACUUCCUCCUCAAAUUUUUAUAAAAGUUGUUUCAGAUAGGUGGAUUGGAGCAGAAACUAUUCAUCCAAUUUCUUUGCAAAAUCUUAUAUUGCCUGAUAAUAUCCAUCAGCAUACAGAAUUGUUAAAUCUUCCACCUUUACCUAUAUCUAGCCUUAAUGAUAGUAUCCUUGAAAGUAUAUAUGCACAAAGGUUUUCUCAUUUCAAUCCUGUGCAAACGCAAGUCUUCGAUAUUUUGUACAAGACUUCAAAUAAUGUAUUGAUUGGUGCACCAACAGGUUCUGGUAAAACCGUUACAGCUGAACUCGCUAUGUGGUGGGCAUUUCGAGAAUUUCCACGGUCUAAAGUUGUUUACAUUGCACCAUUAAAAGCGCUUGUCCGAGAACGUGUAGAUGACUGGCAAACUAGAUUAAUCGGGCCAACGAAGAGAAAGCUUGUAGAAUUGACCGGCGAUGUAACCCCGGACCUAAGAUCUAUUGAGAAAGCUGAUAUAAUUAUAACGACACCAGAAAAAUGGGAUGGGAUUAGUCGUAGUUGGCAACAUCGAAAUUACGUGCAAGCAGUCUCACUUGUAAUCAUUGAUGAAAUUCAUUUACUUGGAGGUGAUCGUGGACCUAUAUUAGAGGCGAUCGUAUCACGUAUGAAUUACAUCGGAUCACAAACUGAUAGGAAAGUGCGUAUUGUUGGGCUCUCGACAGCUCUUGCAAAUGCCAAAGAUUUAGCAGAUUGGCUAAAUAUUGAAAAAGAUGGACUGUUCAAUUUUAGUCAUUCAGUGCGUCGUGUGCCUUUGGAGAUUGAAAUAGAAGGUUUUUCUGGAAGACAUUAUUGUCCUAGUAUGGCUACUAUGAAUAAACCAGCCUUUGCAAAGAUCAUGUGUCAUUCCCCUCAAAAACCUGUUAUCGUUUUUGUCUCAUCACGUAGGCAAACACGUUUAACCGCACAGGAUUUAAUCGCGUAUGCUUGCAUGACCGAUAAUCCACAUCAUUUUUUAAAAAUGCAAGACGAAGAAUUACAAAUGAUACUUGCUCAAAUUAAUGAUAGUAGUAUGAAAAUGUCGCUUGCUUUCGGAAUCGGAUUGCAUCAUGCUGGACUAGUAGAAAACGAUAGGAAAAUUGUAGAAGAACUUUUUUUGCAUCAAAAGAUUCAAGUACUUGUUGCUACAAGUACAUUGGCAUGGGGUGUGAAUCUACCGGCCCAUCUUGUAAUAAUUAAAGGUACUGAAUAUUAUGACGGAAAAUCCAAAGGAUAUGUUGACUUUCCUAUAACCGAUGUACUUCAAAUGAUGGGAAGAGCAGGCCGUCCGCAGUUCGAUAAUAGCGGUGUGGCAUGCAUUUUUGUUCAGGAUUCAAAAAAGACAUUCUAUCAGAAAUUUUUAUACGAACCAUUUCCAGUUGAAUCCAGUUUACAUAUGCAACUUGAAAACCAUUUAAACGCAGAAAUAAUGUCAAAUAGCAUCAAAUCAAAACAAGAUGCGAUGCGAUACCUUGUUUGCACGUAUUUUUAUAGAAGACUACGACAAAACCCAGCUUAUUACAGUUUAGAGGAAAAUUCUGAAAAGGCAAUAGAUGAUUUUCUGUCUAAAAUGUUUGAAAAGUCAAUGGGCGAACUUAACAUUUCUGGAUGUGUUGAAUUUGACGAAGAUUACGAAAACAUUAUUACAACUAUUUUUGGAAAAAUUGCGUCGAAUUAUUAUCUCUCACAUAAAACGAUACGUCUCUUUCGUAAUCGCAUCAAAAACGAUUCAUCUAUUCGAGACCUCUUGAAUAUUCUUUGUGAUUCUGAAGAAUAUUCUGAACUUCCAGUACGUCAUAAUGAGGAUCUACAAAAUCGAGAUUUGGAAAUGGAUCUCCUAUGGCCUGUACAAUUUCAACAACCGUAUGACAGUCCGCAUGCCAAAGCCUUUUUAUUACUUCAAGCACAUUUUGCUAGAAUCAAAUUACCUAUAGCUGAUUAUGUUACUGAUACUCUGUCUGUAUUGGAUCAAGCAAUUCGUAUUUCACAGGCAAUGAUUGACAUCUCUGUCGAACGAAAAACUUUAGCGACAUGCUUAAAUAUUAUGACUUUAGUGCAAUGUAUUAAACAAGCCCGCUGGCCAGAUGAAUCUUCAUUAUUAACAUUGCCCGGAAUUGCCAGUCAGAUGAUUGGCUCAUUGUCACAUAAGGGUCGAACUAUCGCUUGUAUCGGCGAAUUGACGGAUCUCUCUGAAGAAGAACUAAUAGAGCUAUUCAGAAGCGUUAAUCUUUCAGAGUCUGAAGUUCAAAAGAUCUGUAAAAUCAUAUCAAAUAUUCCAUCGAUAGAAAUCAGUUGUCAUAUAGAUACAAAUAAUGAAUCAUUAACACCUGAAACUGAAUAUACACUUUCGGUAUCUAUGGAAAGGUUUAAGUUGAAAUCAGAUUAUGAUGGAAGGAUAUAUUCCCCCCGAUUUCCGAAACCUCAGUAUGAGUCAUGGUGGAUUUUGUUAGGCGAUUCCAACUCUGACACCAUAAUUGAUUUGAAAAGAGUAAAUAUGCGUGGUGGAACAUCGGGCACAUUCAUGAAAAAAACUCAGUCGAAAUUGAAAUUUAUCGCGCCGAAGCAGGAGGGCAAAUAUACUUAUACUGCUUUUUUAAUUAGUGAUGGGUAUUUAGGAAUAGACCAACAACAUUCCAUAGAAUUUAGAGAAAUGGGAACUGUUGAGGUCGAAGCG